GCCAAGUGGGUGUAUCAGAUUAGGCUGAUCCUUCAGGCUUUGUUGGGGCAGGGAAGCCAUUUUGGGAUCUUGCAGUUGUGUGGAUUAGAAAAUACUGUCUACUUGCUGCAAACUUCUCUCCUCUAUACAGCGCUGACUUGAAAUAAAAUACCAUGGAAUAUAGAAAAUACCAGUCGCCCUCAAAGAUAUGAUCACAGAACACUGGAAUUUGGAUUUCUAGGUUUGCGUGUGUUGAUGCUACCCAUUCAGAGCUAAUGUUUCACUUGUAGCAUGGUUUGGAAUCGAUAGAAUGGAUUAUUCCCACCUUCAUACUUAUGCUCCUCCUCAAUGUCUGCCAGAGAACACUGGCUACACCUAUGCUCUCAGCUCAAGUUAUUCUUCAGCUGCCCUUGAUUUUGAGACUUUGCAUAGGCUGGAUCCAGUAUUUGAUUCACCAAGAAUGUCUCGAAGAAGUCUACGUUUAAUGACAGGAUCAGGAAUGUAUUCUGAUGAUGUCCUCAAUGAUAGUAUUGGAAGCAAUCUAUCAUACAGCGGAAGUGUGUCUUCAAAAGAGAGAUCCAUCAACAGGUAAACUAUCAAUGUGAUGUUUGUCAAUUUAAACAGUGUUGUGUUUGUUUAUAUAUGCAUAAAAAAGUGGGGAAUAUUGCUAUAAUAAAUUGGGGGAAAAAACUGCUUUCCUUAAUAUGAGGAA